AGGUUUCCCCAACACAAGAGUAAAUGUUCCCCAAGAUGGUGGCACACAAGUCGUGACGACUGCGCAUGUCCAGCGCUUCCCUCGACCAAUGAGCGAGCAGCGCGGGAGCAUGGAUGGGCCGUAGAAUGCGCCUCAAUCCGGCGCCGAUAUACAUAUUCCUUCUCAUCUGUACCGGUGGCUAUGCUUUUAUACCUGGCGUGGAUGGUCCCGUAUCCAACGUAGAGGCCUUGGAGGGAGGUGAUGUCACUCUGCUCUGCGACUCCACUCCUGAUUCUUCCGACGACGAGUUCAUGAUUCUCGUGUGGUACAAGAAUAAUAUGCCCAUUUACAGCUUCGAGGUCCCGGACAAGCAAUGGUCGGAACCAUCCUUCAACACGACCGCCAGACUACGAGCAGACAUCAUCAGCCAGCCAACCUCUGUCACGAUAGCCUCCCUGUCAGAAGAUGACCAGGCCAUGUACCACUGUAGGGUCGACUUCCGACUUUCACCAACCAGAAAUGUUGGCAUCAAUCUUACUGUUGUCGGUCCUUUGAAGGAGUAUGCUGAAAUGCGCGGAUUCGUGCACUAA